AAUGAUUCGUGAGUAUGAUUCGCGAUUCACGGCGGUUCAGUUUGGGUCUCGAGUUGUGGAAGAAUACUACCGCACUGGCUGCCUUCACGACAAGCUGCCUCUCCACGUCCCUCUCCUCUGCCUCUUUGUUACCGACCAUUCAUUCCAGCCCCUGCAAGCGGUUCAGUUUGGGAAACGGAUUGUGUGAAGAAUACUACCGCACUGGCUGCCUUCACGACAAGCUGCUUCUCGUUCGCGUCCCUCUCCUACCUCUCUGCUGCCCGACGAGCCAUUUCAGCCGCUACAAGAGCAACUUGGUUCGUGAGUUUGAGUCGCGGUUCAGUUUGGGUAUCUGGUUGUGGAAGAAUACUACCACACUGGCUGCCUUCUCAAGCUGCUUCUCUCCCGACCAUCCAUUCCAAGACCUGGUUAAGUACGAUGAGUCUUCCACUCCAGUCUGGGAAGGAAGCACCACUGCCUACAUACAGGCCUGACCAGCACAACACGUUAUGUACAUAUAUAUAAUUCUAUAUUGACUAAUUGGCUAUAUAAUUCUUCUUUAUAUUGACUAAUUCUUCUGCUCCAGACCUGGUUAAGUACGAUGAGUCUUCCACUCCAGUCUGGGAAGGAAGCACCACUGCCUACAUACAGGCCUGACCAGCACAACACGUUAUGUACAUAUUACGCUAUUUCCAUAAUGACUGGGUCGUUAUGUACAGAUUACGCUAUUUUCAUAAUGACUGGAACCAAACAAAAUAAAGUAAUGCUACGUUGUCUUAGUCAAUGAAUAUUUAACUCAAUGGAACAUUUAUUAUGUGAAUAAAUAAGUUUUCUGGUA